CAUCGGCAUCGAAAACAAACUCGCAUCGAGUGCUCAUCGUCUCAGUAGUCGUCGUUGUCGGUGUCGCCGUCGCGUUGGUCUCUUCGCCGCCUUCGAUUCAACAAAAAUAUAAAACUCUUCUGCUUUGCCUCCGCCUGUGCCGUCGCUGUGCUCUGUUCUGGAGACGUUCAAACUCGUAAAAACCCGUGUGUCGUGUCAUCGUCGCCGUGAUGAAAAUAUAAUAAUUGUUUAUAAUUUCGUUUUGCGACUUAGACAGUGGCGAGGGUGGGGUGGAUUUGGUGGGAGAACAAGUGUAGCACAAAACGUGUGGCAGCUCGCACCGCAUGCAAUUGGUUCGUGGACAGUGCAUCGUGCAAGAUGUUUCAAAAUCACUUCGAGAAGACGUCCAUGUUUAAUGGGACAGACAUGGCCUUUCCUGGUGUUGGUGGUGGGGCAUUCUACAAAACUACAGUCAACAACAGCAACAACAAUAGCUGGCAUUACAGCGACGGAGCGGUGGUCGCCACUAUCGUCCCACAAAAUGGCGUCGCAUUGGACUCCAUUUGCUCCAAAGAUCUGCUGCCAGUAAAUGCUAACGAUACUUCGUACCAACAGUUCGGAACGGCACAGGAAACGAUCGAAACACAAGCCAUGGAACAAGAUGCGGACCAGGAUGACUCAGAAACACUCAAGCCUCCAACUGUGGCCACGUCAUCUGCCGCUGUCCCUUCGCGACCCAUGAAUGCGUUCCUGAUGUUCUGUAAGAAGCAUCGCCGGAUUGUAAGCGAACACUUUCCGAAGAAAGAGAACCGAUACCAUACGAAGGUGCUGGGAGAAUGGUGGAAGCAGCUGAGCAAGGAGGAAAAAGAACCGUAUGAAUCACUGGCCCGUGAGCACAAGGCAGAGCUCUAUGAGGCCGGAUAUCGUUGGUCCAGGCAAGGACUUGAGGUAAUCGUUCCGGCACCUGAUGCACAAAUGAACUUAGUACAAAGCAACGGUAUUGGUGAGGGAACACCGGAGACACGAGUACCUGAGGAAAGUAACGAUACGGUUGACGGGAACUUGGAGGCGGCCAGAUCGCUGCUCGCUCUGUUCAACAGCAGCAACCAAGAGGAAGAGGAACUGCCAGCACAACCAAUGACGGAGUUCAAGCUGGCCGAUGAAACAAAGAUGGGGGCGCUGAGUACUUUGAUGCCGCAACAGCCGGUCACGGAUGGCUCCACCAGUGUGGCGAUAGAACAAACGAAGCAAAUCGUCGAUAAUCGUCCCUGUGAUAUGGCAAGCGAUAUGGUGGAACCGUAUCAAAACAUGCGGCAACAUUAUCUCUCACAGACCAUCCCCCGAUCGGAUCAUUCGCUGGUUAAUGGCGGGCAAUCGAACGGAGUGGUCUAUAGUCGUGCACCGCGCAAAGUAAAGGGCAAACUUUACGAACAGUACAAACAAUCCCAGCAGCUGCAAGCGAUGCAAGCUCGCAGACCCUCGCGAUCACCACCAUCGUCGACCGUUACUACGUCGGACAUCACACCAAACAUUACCGCACAGACUGUCACUGCACCGAAGAGUCCUCCAAAGGUUCCUCAAGCUCAUGCCGGUGUCGCUCGCCGUGAAGUAGUACCCACUGCUAGCGAGAUAGCCCGGUAUGGGCGUGCGGUGCAGGAGUUGCAGCAAAAAAUCAAAGAUCUGCCCCCGAAACGGUUGGAAGAUUAUCUCGCUAAGAAGGUUGUCAGCAAGCGCCACAGACUCCGUCACGGUUCGGGAAAUGAGAAGAAACCUAGAGCAACGUUCCUCCAGCGAAGCCAUCAUCAAUCGGCUCUCUCGGCUCCAGUUGAAGUGACCGCGAUACCAUCCAUUGCUGCCAUCGAGCCAGUCGACUUUGGCGAAAAACCAAGGAUCAGCGGUUGUCGCAAGCGCAAGGGGCUAAAGGAACACAUUGUCCGUAUCAACAGUAUUCAGUAGAGUUUGUGCUGUGGUGCUGUCUGGCGCAUCUGGGCGCGCUAAGCGAAUGCUGAUAUAAACCGUCGCAAAAAAGCGCUCCAAUUCGAGGCGCGUUACCGAAAUCAUAGGUUUAAGUGUAGUUUUAGUUUUUUUUAUUGUAUUUUAUUUAUUUUUGUUUUUUGUUUAAAUCUGAAUAUCGAAUAACCCUUUCGGCCCUCCCCCUCCUUUUGUUCCUCUACAUUGCGCACUGAUUCUGUCCCGUUCUGAUAGACGCCAGUAAGUUAAUUUAUGUUUUGUUUUUUUUUUUUCAUGAAAGCAGCGAAAGACUUGGUAAACUAAUGUGGCUGUUUGAAUCAGGGGUGCAGUCUAUUCUCGCCUUGGUCACAGCUUGUGACUAGGCAGAUAGUAGGGUUAGGAGUUUAGUAUUUAGUUGAUUUGCUUUUCGUAUUGCUUUACGAUUGUUUUACUUUGAUUACGUUGAGAUGAGAAAGCUGGAGGAAAGUGAUAGAUAGAAAGCGAUAAAGAGAGAACAGAAGACGAUGUUGGCAGUCCUAGUCCAAGUGUUCUCGAGUCAUUUUCACCAUCAAAGGAUACCUCGAGUAGCUGAGCUGUGUUGUUAAGUUGGUUUGUGCUUGCUUUGUUUUAUGAUUUGCUUUAUUUUGUCAUUUUACGGGUAAUUUGCAGCCACUUCUCUGUGUAACUGCAAUGAUAGGAAUUCCUUCCAUGUGCCGUAAGAGAAAGGAUCGCUUGUAUCGCACAGUUUUUUUUAACGCUAGUUACUAUCUGCUUCUGUUUCUGCUACAUUUUGCUAUACGUAAUAUCUAUUUUAACCAUUAUCAUAUAAUUUAAAUUUGUCUUUUUCAUCUUGCAAAAUCGAGAACAAUUGCGCCGGAAGCGUGAACAAUUCCGUACAGUGACCGGAAAAAAUGGUUUAAAUUUAGUUUUCACCCCUUUCGUUUAUCGUGCGUGCACUCCAAUACAUCACUCUCUAGCUACAAGCCCUGUUUAUACUUUUCACUUAAUCCACCGCAAUUAAUUAUGUUUUGAUUCUUAUUAACUCUGCGGCGCCAACUCCCAAAGAACGAUGAUUUCUUCAUCUUACUUUCACCUUUACCGUUAUCCCUGCAAUCCUUAGUAAUACGGUAGUGUAGUGGCAAGUUUUGGAUAACGACAAGUCAAUCUAAUUGGACACUUUCUCAGCGCAAAAGCUAGUAUUGUAUUGUCAUUUGAUAAAAAAACAAAAAAACAAAACGAGCGAAAGCCACUGUGGGCUUCUGUAACUGUGUCACUAGUGCCUCGAAGGGAACAGAGAAAGUGAUUGAUUUUCUAGGGAGUUAGGAAUCCUGGUCGCAUGGCCAGCGGUAGCCCAGUAUAGAGGCUGCAGUUCGGGGAAGAUGUAGAGGAAGAUUGUGGACCAAGUUGAUUUGAAGAAACUGGAAUCUAAAACCAAUCAAAAUAUAUCCCAGGCAGACACGUGGUUUCGAA